AUUCAUUUUUCUUGCGUAUUAUUAAUCCAUUGCUAAGCAUUCCGGAAUAUUCCUUUGCCUUCGUUGGUUUUGUUAUUAAAAAGAUAACUGCAGUAAUGUUGCCAUUAGUAUUUUAUAUAUUCCCGAUAAUGUAACUUUAAAAUUAUAUUUUAUUUUAAUGGGUGAAAACUUGUUGACAAAAUGCUCAAAAUAUAAAAAUAAAUUAUGUGAAACAUGUGAAAUAAUAUCUCGAAUCAUUUAGAAAGUUUUUUUUGAUUGAUUUACAAAAUGUUGUCAUGGCUACAAGUUCGGAUACUUACUGUAAUGUUUUGUAAAUGGCGCAGUUACACAAGCCCCCUUGUCUUGCCUAUACUGUAGUUUUUAUUUCCGCAUAGGUGAUAUAGCAACUAUAGUCGACGACCGGCCUGGCCUAGUGGGUAGUGACCCUGCCUAUGAAGCUGAUGGUCCCGGGUUCAAAUCCUGGUAAGAGCAUAUAUUUGUGUAAUGAACACGGAUAUUUGUUUCUGAGUCAUGGGUGUUUCUAUGUAUUUAAGUAUUUAUAAUUAUAAUAUAUUAUAUAUAUAUCGUUAUUUAGUUACCUACAACACAAGCCUUAUUGAGCUUACUGUGGGACUUAGUCAAUUUGUGUAAUAUUGUCCUAUAAUAUUUAUAGUUUGUCAAGCCAUUUGCGUCAGUAGAAAAGAAGCAAAUUUAAAAAAUGUAGAAUCGAAGGGUUAUCGUCCAAUAGAAAUUUUGAAAUUCGCGCCUCUUUUACCAACCACCAGAAACCAGCCAAAUUUCCAAGUCGUUGUCAUGUCACAAAACCUUUUAAUUUCGAUUUCGCUUGAACCGUUAUUUUAAAACCAGUUUUUAUGAGAACAGUUCUUGUCAAAUUAACAGGUUUAGAACAAUAAAAACCGGUUUCUUCUUAUGUCGGUGUCUUUGUUUACGUGGCACACCACCAAGCCAACCGGUCGUUACGUCGCUCGUCAAAUAAACUGGUUUUUUAAAGCUCUUAAAACUUUCACGUUCUUAUAAAAUUUCGGAGGAAAACUGAAACAAACUGGUAUAUACUGGUAUUUUAAAAACUGGUUCCGAGCCUUAUGACUGACUAUAAAGGUGAACAAUAGUUGAUUACGAUACAAGUGGAGAAAGUACAAUUUCGUAAACAAUAAAUCCAUUCAUUCUUAGGAGAUAUUAGGUCUCAAAGCAAAAAUCUCCAAUCAAAAUUUUCACCUUUCUACGUUUUUCUUGUAAAAUUACUAUGAAACGGAAAAAAUCUAAUAUCAGCAAAAAAUUCUACGUCUUAAGUUUAUACGAAAAUGAUACCAAACUUUCCUUAGUAGCCACCAGAACGAGAAUAGAUUUUUUUUAAGGUCCACCAUCCAUGGCGGCGGCUAUCUUUGUACCCAAUCCUCCCUGCCGACUAGCCGCACAUUUCUUAUUGGCUCCCCGACUAGAAAUGCUUAGAAUUACUCAAGGAACAUAUGUGAUAAAGCACAUAGCUUAAUAAAAAAAAUUGGGUUAUGUAUGGGAGCGAUGCAUAACUGCUUCCACUAUAUCUAUCUACGCUAUCACUUUUCCUUAAUUCCUUCUUCUUUCUCACGUUGUCACGGCAUUUUGCCACCGCUCAUGGGAGCCUGGGGUCUGCUUGACAACAAAUCCCAAGAUUUGGCGUGGGCACUAGUUUUUACGAAAGCUACUGCCAUCUGACCUUCCAACCCGGAGGGUAAACUAGGCCCAACUAGGGAUUAGUCCAGUUUCCUUUCCUUACGAUGUUUUCCUUCACCGAAAAGUGACUGCUAAAUAUCAGAUACCAAAAUCGCAAAAUUUGACAGUUGGAUGAUAAAUCCAUUCAUCUACAACCAGCGACUCAAUCAAAUUGUUAAAUCCCUCUAUCCCUUGCUGUUAUUCAAUUACACAAGAUUAAAAGAGAAGCAAAAAUGUUACCACAGUAUUUAAAAAUAAAUCUGUCACCAAAAUACAGCAAAAAAUAACGUCAAAAUGUCUGCUCAGGACCCAGGAUUGUCUCAUUUCAGACAUAGGCAGAGAGAUUCAUACUGUCUUUGUCUUACGCUAUUAGUAGUACUAAAAAUCAAAAGAAAGGGGUGAGUAUAAUUUUCCUGGUUAACUGACAAGUUGUGUUUGCCAGACUAUGACUGUCAAGCAAUGUCAAAUUUGAUGUGAGUCUUAACACGUGUAUCCGAACAUAAAAAUACAAAUCAUAUGUUUAUAUGUAGGUUACUCUUUAGUUUAUGGUUUGAUUGGGUGUUGAUUACGAGCUCGGAGGACGCGGAAUGCUGCUUCAUAGUUUAUGUUGUUAGUUCUAAUUUGUGUGUGUUUCAAAAGAUUAAUCUAAAAGAUGGCGCCAAUGCGUGGCGAGCGCGGAGGCUCACCUGCGCGCGCGGCCCGCGCCUCCCUGCCCCUCCCGCGCCGCCUCAUCCGACAGAUCGCGCGGCACGUGGCGUCUAGUGGACGGAGUCUGCGCCGGCUCGAGGUCUCCGGGAGAGUUAUAGACAACUUCGACGAUAUAGAGGACGCCAGUGACAGUGAUCAUGAAGUUUCACAGCCAGCAGUGGCGUGCGGAGGGAACGCCGGCAACCUGCCCCCCGCAGACCACGACGACGACCUCACCAGCCUGAGCUGGCUGCAAGACAGGAACCUGCUGAGGGGUAUAAAUCUAACCAAAGGCGACGUCGAGGACACAAAAAUGAUCGGAAGUCAUGUCAUAAUAAAGACGGAGUCAAGGACGCCGCCCCCCGCCCCCUACCUGCCGUCCCCCCCGCGCACGCCGGUGAAGGCGCCGCCCCCCGCGCCCCCCGCGGCCGCGCACAGCAAGCCGCCGUACUCCUUCUCGUGCCUCAUCUUCAUGGCGAUAGAGGCGGCGCCGGCCCGAGCUCUGCCCGUCAAGGAGAUCUACGCGUGGAUCGUGCGCCACUUCCCCUACUUCAGACACGCGCCGCAGGGCUGGAAGAACAGCGUGCGGCAUAACCUGUCGCUUAACAAGUGCUUCCACAAGGUGGCAGCCGCUCCAGGUCUCGGCAAGGGCUCCCUUUGGACAGUCGACCCUCAGCAUCGGUCUACACUGUUACAGGCGUUCGGGCGGCAGCCCAUCCCGGCGCCGUGCGAGGCGGAGGGCGCGGGCGAGGCGGAGGCGCCGGGCGCGGCGGGCGCGCGCGAGGCGGAGGCGCGCGGCAAGAACGCGCCCGACCCCGCGCUGUUCCCCUUCCUGGCGCGCCGCCUCGCGCGGCCCCGCCCCGAGCCCGGCGCCGACGAGUACCUGGCCGCCGCCACCGUGCUCGCCAUGAAGUACGGGCCUGCCGUGCUCGACCAGCUGCCGCCGGCGGCGCACCACCUGGUGAUCUCGCGCUGCGCGCGCGACGAGCACUCGUACUCGGGCGGCGGCGAGGAGCGGCGCACGGCCGAGGCGCUGCUCAACCUGGCCGGCGUCUGUCCCGGGCCCGCCAGCUAGCAACGGGCUCCGCUCUAGACAAGUGCGACCGAUAUGUUCGAGCGAUACGUUGCCGACAUCACUUUUUAAUUGCACGGUUUUGUACCGAGCCUUUUCUUUGCGAACAUUUAUUUUUAAAGUGAAUCAUUGGACUAUUUAUUUUAAAAAGUGGCAGCUUUUAUGUUCGAUGGAACGAAAUCUUAUGUGUAAAUUAUUAUAGAUCAAGUGUAACGUUACGAAACACUUCAUGAAAUUAUGAUACAUGAAUUCAUGAAUUUUUAUAAACUAAUGCGGUUUUUAAAUAUAGUUUAUUUAUAAUUUAAUUUGUAAAAUCGGCAUGCGUCUGUUACUCGCGUUAAAGCAAUUUAAUUAUGUUACUGCUCAAUCGCUUCUAGCAAUGGGAAUCUAAUAAUAAGUGUUUGUAAAGUUUCUCAAAGAAAUGCUAGGGCCUAGCUCAGAUCAAGCGGCGACCAAUGAAUCGUUGGCAUAAGUUCGUAGAACUAUAAUAUUUAAAUAGCGUCUACCGACGGUUAUAGAUAAAAAUGUUUACCAUUCUCUAGUCCAUUAAAGACAAAUCAUUUUUUAACCGAGCUCGCCCUGUUGUUCAUACUUGAAUUAUUUUUAAGGGUAAAUAGCUCACUCAUUAGUUAGGACCUCUAUUUUUCCAUUCAAUUGAACAGUUCUGUAAUAUACAUCACAACGCUAUAACAAUUUUACGGUAUAGAUAUCGGCAGAAGAGUUAGGGUGAAUGAUUACACACAGAGUACUAAUCGCAAAAACAGUAUUGAAUGAAUGAGUGAAUGUGAUUUAAGCGCACGAUAUUAAGCUUAAAAACAUAAAAAAAGACUUAACUUUGGUUCACCUUGCAGUUGGCAAGUUGCUAUCGGUAUGAAAAAAGAAUACUAAUUUCAAGAACUCCCUGUCAUUAUAUGAUAUUGUUGUGUGCGUUACUCCAACUUUAUAGAUCGUGUCAUUCACGAAGACGUGUGGCUUGACUCGUAAUGUCAUGUUAUUAAAGGUUAUAUUUGACAAAUCUGCCGGUCAUCGUGGAUGUCACGAACUGUAGUGCCCAUACCUAUACCUUAUACUGUAAAAAGAAUGGAAAAUAGUAAUAGGAUCCAUGCAUUUAGGUUUUCUUCUUAUAUAUUUUGAUGACUCAUUUUUAAUCGUAAGAAAAUGUUAUAAUAUGAUAAUUGAAGGUAGGUGUUACCAUAUUUCCGUCUAUUUUACAAGUAUUUUGUUGAAUGCCAAAUGUUGCCACUGAUUGUGUACUGAUGAGUUACUGAGGUGUUGCACCUUUUAAAAAAGAAAAUAUAACGGAAAUGUGAUAAUAUAAAUAUAUAUUUAAGUUUUAAAAUUGCAUUCUAUUUAUUUAGCUUAACUGCUGUUUUAUUGAUUAUUUAUUAGCUGAAUUAAUUUAAGGAUAUUUAAUAUUUAUUUAAAUAUUGAGCAAUAGGAUAUUUUGAUAUACGUUAUCUUUUGUGAUUUCUUAAUAGAUUUUAUCUAUUAUGGUAUCGAACGGUAAUAACAUUAAUAUGGCUGUCGUUUAUGGGGUAAUCACAAUAUUUAUCUAAGUGUAUAUAAACUGUGAAAUAGUGCAAUAGCCUUCAAAAUCACCCAAUAAUAAGGUAAAAGUAAAUCAAUAAAUAUUUCAAUCGCAUAUUCAGUUGGUACUUAGAUGGACUCACACUUUAAAAAGUUCAAAAUAUUUUGAAAUCUUAGAAUGAACCUCACUUACGUAGUUCUGAUAAUCAUUGUACAUAUUUUCCGGCUCCUUUUUAACGCCAAGUGCAUUUACCUCAGUCUGUCUAAGGGGCGUCCAUUAAUUACGUGAGGUGUGGAGGGAGGGGGUCACGCCUAAUAUCAAUAAAUAUCACGUGGGGCAGAGGGGGGUCACGUCAAACAUCACAACAUUUCCCCUCGGGGUCAAAAACACCUCACGCAACCUAUGGAGUCCAAAGAGCAUUUAGUUCAAAAGGGCAGCGUAAUCUGUAAAUUUGUAAUAGUAAAAAUAAUUACAUAGUUUAUUUCGCGAAUAUUACACAACAUAGUCUUUUCCGUAGAGUGAAUUUGUAUAUAUGUAGUUGAAUUGUACAAUCAGAAUGUGUGAAAGGUUGAGAAUAUAUUAAACAAUGUGGAUAUUUUUAUGAAAUGAUAUAAGAUACCAUUUAGUCAAAAAAAAUUGGGAUGGGUAAGUAAAGCCGUGAUCGGAUGGCCUAUACUCUGUAUUUUUAGGUAUUUAAAUAAAAGUAAAACAAACAAUUUGUAAAUUUUCGGCUAGUUCAACAUUUAUUGGUUAACCAACCAAAUACAAAAUCGCCUGGAUCUGUCACUGCACGACCUGACUUUAACCUACAUUAUUUGAUCAUGUAAUGUUUUCAUCUACCCUCAACUGGCUUAAGGAGCCGUUUGAGGGUAGAUUUUGUUUACUUUUAUUUUAAUACCUAAAGAUACAGAGUAUAGAGGUCCAGGGCAUUGGCCGCGUAAGCUGAGGACACUGGUCCGAAUCCGGCCUCGCCACUAGAGGGCUUCGUGAAAAUUUGAAAAUUGGUGGAAAUAUUUGGUUUCGUGUUUCUAACGUUAUCUAGCCUUGAAACAUCCAUAUUGUUUAAUAUUAUACUUUUUGUCUUAAUGGUGAUAGCACUUGCUUCUGAAAAUAAAAUAAUUGUUACAACAUCUCUUGAAAAAUAUUUAAAAAUUCCGUGACAUUUUAAAUCAUAGCUAAGAACAAAGAAAAAAAAAAUUAAAAUAAUUUCAAUAUUUAAAGGCAAAAACUGAAUCAACAAUAGUUGUUUGUUUCACAAGGGGGCAAAGUUGUUGUUUAACUCCUCGUGCUAAUAUUACUACCUGAGCAAGCGCAAGCUUUGAACCAGGAGAUGAUUUCAUCCUGUAGAGGAGAACAUCUGACAGACAUACGAAAGCAGUUUUACCCACGCUGAAGACCUUCGCUUUCGCUCGCUCAGUAACGACAUGUUUGAGUAAUUAUUUUAUUUCAGAAGUAGGUGUUGUAAGGAUUCUUCUAAAUGUUAAAUAGCAUUAUUAUUCACUACAACGGGACUUCUCGCGUAAAAAUGUUUUAAAUUUACCUCCGACGUUUCGAGGACGGCAUUGUCGCCGUGGUCUCGGAGAAGACUGGCUAAAGUUGACAUCAUCUAGCCGCGCGAGUUUUUCUAACUACCCGCACUUGGUCUUGUUUAUCAACUUGAACGUUAGUGCACUGGGGAUGUUACUCAGUCGACACACAACAAGGAUCGGUUUUUCAACCUGCGACAUUUACUAAUAACUGGGUUCCAUGUGGAUAAGAUCCUAAAACCUUCGUCUCGAUUGAAAGGACCUUUGUAUGGUCCAAAAAUCAACCGAAAUGAAUGUUAGGUCAUUAGAUAGGUAUUUCUAUGUACUUCAUUUUGUUCUACGGGCGCCAAAUGGAAUUCCAUUGCAGAACUGAGAUAUUUGUAUUUUAGUCAGAAUCUCAUCACCCUUAUUACGUAGGCAAUAGAGUCCAAGUAAGUAAAUUAAUCGCUGCGGGGUAGAUGUUCGCGCACCGCUCGCCCAGCGGUGGACUCUAUUGCCUAGGUAAUAAGGGUGAUGACAUAUUGGAUAUAUUAAAAACGGAUCACUCACAUAUUUUUAAUCGAAAUAAACCGGCCAAGAGCAUGUCGGGCCAUGCUCAGAGCAGGGUUCCGUAGUUACUCUUCCGUUACAAUAAGCUAAAAUAGAGCUUAAAGUAUAGUCGAUUGUUAACCAAGGGAUGAACUGUGGAUGUACGUUUGUUGAAGACCCCUAUUCGUUUUGAAAGACCUUUCCAACGAUAUCCCACAGUGUAGGGUAAUUUCACCCCCACUUUACGUGUAGGGGAGGUACCCUAAAAAUAAUCGAAUUUUUAGAUUUUAUUGUACGACUUUGUCGGCUUUAUUGAUUUAUAUAUCCAUGCCGACGACCGGUCUGGCCUAGUGGGUAGUGACCCUGCCUAUGAAGCUGAUGGUCCCGGGUUCAAAUCCUGGUAAGGGCGUUUAUUUGUGUGAUGAGCAUGAAUAUCUGUUCCUUAGUCAUGGGUGUUUUCUAUGUAUUUAAGUAUUUAUAUAUUAUAUGUAUUGUUGUCUAAGUACCCACAACACAAGCCUUAUUGAGCUUACUGUGGGACUUAGUCAAUUUGUGUAAUAAUGUCCUAUAAUAUUCAUAUUCAAUAUUCAUAAUAUUCAUGCCAAAUUUCAGCUUUCUAGCUCUAACGACGACGGAGCAAAGCCUCGGACAGACAGACAGACGGACAUGGCGAAACUAUAAGGGUUCCUAGUUGACUACGGAACCCUAAAAACAUAUAAUGACACUUUGACUAAAAUACAAAUAUCUCAGUUCUGGAAUGGAAUUCCGUUUGGUGCCCAUAGAACGAAAUGAAGUACAUAGAUAAUUAGAUAUACCUAUUUAAUUACCUAAUUCUUAAAUAUGUCGCUUUUAGACCAUUUCGACGCAUAGAAAGCUAUGUUAUUACGCGGUUAAGGGCCACUUGCGCCAGCUAGGGUUAGCCAGUAACCCGGGGUUAACCGUUAACCCAGUGUUAAAUAGUACUGGUAGCUCCAAGGUUUAACCAGUUAAUCCUGGGUUAGUGGCUUAACCCUGGCUGGCGCAAGUGGCGCUAAGUCACGUUGUAGUGAAUAAUGAAUAAAAACCGUGAAAGUUUAAAUCAGUGUUAAAAAGAAUCUAGUAACAGAUGUAAAGUGCCUAUUAGUGCUUCUAAUCUAUCUUACUGUUAGUGGUAUGGGAGAGUGAGAUGGGCAAUGAUACCGAUGAAAUGUAUGCAUCUUCUAUCCUCUUUACACUUUGGCGAGUUUGAACAAAUGUUACUUUUAGCAGUUUCAAAAAUAUUUAAUAAAAUUCGUUAAUUUAAUUUUGACGACCGGCCUGGCCUAGUCGGUAGUGACCCUACUUAUGAUGCCGAUGGUCACGGGCUCGAAUCCCGGUAAAGGCAUUUAUUUGUAUGUAUAUAUAUAUACAAGUAUGUACAUCGUCGCCUAGUACCCAUAGUACAAGCGUUACUUAGUUUGGGGCUCUGUCCCCAAAAUUAGGUAUUUUCAAUAAUAUAUUUUAAUCUUUUAAUGAAUGUAUUAAAUUGAACAAUGAACAUUGAUAUACAUUUGAUCGGUAACAUAUAGGAUGAUAAGAAUACACACCAACUAGGGUAUAUGUGAUAAUGAUAAAGUCGGUUUAAGCUAAAAUUAUACUAUUUAAUAUAUUAAAUCGUCACUCACGUAUUUUAAGUCGAAAAUUGGUCUACACGUUUCGCUCCAUAACAAGGUGCUUCAUCGGAAGCACACGUUGGCGGGGUGAGGCGAAAAAUUACCCUCGUCCAAGGAAUUAUUGUCAAAUGGUGGUUGCACACAACACUCACUAAUCAUCGCUAAAGGUUCGUGCACACUGACCACGUACCCAAAACAGUUUUCCAGCUAAAGUAGGAACGCGAAGAAUUUUGUACAUUGACCCGCCUAUUUCUAACUCUAUCUAAACUCUCGCAGGCCCAAUGUGCAUUACAAUGUACACUCCGUUUCUAAUUAGCACUUCUCAUAAACCAAAAUAAAUUAGCAUUUCUUUUGUUUCAUUGCUUUCUCAAACAAACGAAAAUCACCCUAAAUGACUAGGUAUACUACAAGGUUCAAAAUAUAAAUAGGAAAAAUUUGUAUGGUGGGCCUUACGAGGAUAGAUAUAGGAACAGGCUAAAUGUACAAAAUUCUUCGGGCUUCGCUAAGCAGUGGCGGAGCAAGACCAAAACUGUAUGUGGGCAAGGUACAUUUAGCGAGGCCCUCUGGUGGCGCAAGAAAUAACGAACAUUUUUACGUUGUGUCCGAGAUAUGCUUAUUUGAGGCGCGAGGCCCCUCGGACCGCGAGGCCGCAGGCGGAGGCCCACGUCGGCCAUGCCUAACGCCGCCUCAGUCGCUAAGUCUGUCUUACUAUAAAAUUCAGAUGACGACUAAUUUCAAUAGUAUUCCGUCCUCGAUAUGGAGCGAAGCGUGCCGAGCAAUUUUCUACUCAAUGUGAGUGACGUUUUAAUAUAUUUAAUAUGUCUGUCUCGCGGACGUUUUGUUAUGCUUAUUUCACUUGGGCUGACACGUUGCCAGACGGCAUGCAAAUGUGUCGUUCUCAGAAAAAGGUACUAUUUUGUCGAUUCUCAAUUAGGCGGAAAUAAAACAAAGAUUAUAAAAGAAAUAGCUCUUAUAGACGAUCGACAAGGUGAUGCAGUUUCAUAGAGCAACUGACAUAUAUUAAUAAAAUUAUAAAACCGUAUUUAUUUCUGUAAAUAAGCGAUCGCGUGUUUUAUAAAUAUUGUACGUAUAUUUAAUUUUAAAUGUGUUUUAAGUUUAAAUUAUGUGUUUUAAGAAAUAUAAGUUAUGCAUAGAAUAAUGUUAGACUGAAGCUAUGACUGAUUUGUGAUGAAGCAAUAUUAUUUACUAGUGAAAUGGAUUACAAACUUUUGUUUUGAGCCCCGAAGUGAUGAAACUUACACGUUACCUAUUUUAUUUGUAUGAAUUUAACGAAAAUCCGACGUGGCGUUGCGUCCUGUUCAAUAAGGCGUUUUUGAGCUAAUAAUCAUGCAUAUUAGGUCUAUUUUCGUCUUAAUGCUUUUUUGCCAUAAAACACCUUACUUGACACGGCUUGAGAAAAAAAAAAGAUAAUAUAUUAAUUGACUUUGGUAGUUAAACUGCCAUGUUCGAGAAAUUUUAUUAAAGGUCGUAUUACGCUGGGUUUAUUAUAGUAUGUUUCAAUUAGCUUAGAUGGUGACAGCUGUUAUUUCUAUACUUAUCAACUUAAAACGCAAAAUUGUAUUGAAACCUCUCACCGUACACAAGUUAUUUGAAAAAUACUAAGAAAAAAGAUGGUUUCACGAUGUCAUCUUUAUUAAAAUAGCGUUUUACUCGACAGUAUAAUAAAUAAUUUAUAUUGUUUUCUCACACUCGUGCGUCGCUGUGCCAAAAUUAUUAUAGAACUGUUAUUGUCAUGUAAUAAGCGAAUUCAAUUAAUUUGAAUGUAUUUACAUAAAUAAAUUAUACUAUGUAACGCAUAGAUUAGGCUGUAAGUGAUAUAUAGUAAUAUGUUUAAUGCUAAAUAUAAAUACAUACAAUUUUGCUGUAUUUAGAGGCGUCUUCCAUCUUUACUCAUAAUUUUCUCGUAGAUAACUGUGUCGGGGAGGAAACGCAUGCGAUUUACACUAAAUUAGGCCCUUUCCGUGUCAGGAAUCGGUGCUACAAAUCAAAUCAAAAAUAUUCUAUUGUCAGGCAAUAAAGACCCAUAUAUACCUUACAUAGCCCAGACCAACAUACAUACAUUAAUUUUAAUCUUAAAACUGACAAUUAGAUUCAAAUUUCCCUAGUAAUAAUUUAGCAUGGUAGGCGGAACGAAGUUUGUUGUUUUAAAAUUUACUGGUAUAUAUACUAUAUUUACUUUAUAAUGUUGGUUGUUGAGGGUAAAAUCAGAACAGAUAAUUACACAUUCUAAUGUUUAUUGUCCUAAUUUAAAACAUGAAAUAUCAAUAAGGAUUGUAUUCGAAUGCAGUUUGUUCCCCGGCUGUAGGAAACUAGCCUUUCUUUCGGUGGUAUAAGGAAUGUAGAUGAAACUUUACAGCAAUAAUUAGUACCUAAUUGUAGUAGUAUUUUGCUGGUAGAUGCUACUUAUAUGAUAUAAUGUGUGAUACAUUACAUUGCGAUUUCUUUAUAGUGUGCAUUAUUUUCCGUUUCUUAUGUCUUAACAGUUAUAUUGAUCUGUCGGCGGCCGAUCGUGAGAUCAGGCAGAUUGUGAAAUUUCUAGGCAUAUCGUGAAACGUGAUUUUUUUUUGUCUCGAGCCCUGAUUCGACGGAGCCCUGCGGGGCUCCUAUUUCUGGACAGUUUGGGCUUCGGGAAUCUUAAGCAACCCAACGAACCUAUCUAUUGGUUUAAUGAGACUACCAAAAAAACAUUACACAGGAACUUAACGAUCUGCCUGAUUUUACAAUCGGCCACCGACAUAUCUUAUAAAUUGUUCAGAUAUAAGUAACGCAGUAAAAGAAGAGUUAUAUCAAUAUGAUAUUAAAAUUGUUGCCGCUUUCAAGUAAUCGUGAAUCGGAAUAAUUUAAUCUAAUUUAUUACUAAGUUAUGUGACGUUAUUAUUUAGUUGUAUUGGUUUUGUGAAAGAAAACUUAGAAAAUACUUGUCGUAAUUAUAUUUAGAAUAAUUGUAUUGUUUUGUGGCUCGUGUUAAGGUGUUGCCAGUGAAUCAUGCUUGUGCGGGUUUAGAAAAAUGUAUUUUUAUAUCGUUUACAGAUAUAAAAUUUACGUAAAUUUGCAUCAAAAUAGGGAACAGCUUAAAUUGUGACGUCUUCAACUAAAACUGCAUUGUCGGUUGUCAGUAAGGUUGAUUUCAAAUUUCAGAUUUAAAUUUGAUCUAUGAAUUAUAUUCAUUAGUAUUAUAUAUGGAAUAAUAUUUACAACAUCAAUAAAUUGCUCUGAUAAUUAGAUUAAGAUAAUUAUAUGUAAUACUGUCUUACUAUUCAUAAGUGCUUGUUGCUAGGCCUACAUGAAUAAAGUAUAUUUGAAUUGAAUUGAAUUGAAGCUGGUAAUAAAUAGCACCUUAUUGACAACCAACAAUAAGAACCCUUUUGGUUGAAAACACAAUUUUAUAUUUUUUUUUAUAGCGGUCGUAUUUUUCAUCAAAUUUCGAUGAUUUUUUUUAGAUAGAUAGUUCCCUAUGAAAAAAACGUAUGGAAUUGUAAAUUAACCGCAUUUUUUUGUCCCAAAUUGGGAUUUUGCGUUUAUUCCGACUUCUUUUCUGUGAAAGCUUCAUUUAUAUUUCCUAUUUAAAAAUAUAUUUAACGUCCUCCUAGCCUAGUUGGAAGUGUCCCCGCCUACGAACCAGGAGGUCCCGGGUUCCAAUCCCGGUAAGGGCAUUUAUUUGUGUAUUCAUCACGAAUAUUUUGUUCCUGUUAUGGAUGUUAUCUAUGUAUCUAAAGUAUGUAUAUCGAUCGCCUAGUGCCCAUAGUACAGUCGCCAUCAGAUAUAUCGGAGCGGCCGAGGUGCUCAAAAAUAUCUGAGCACGCACUCUAACGCCUUGACAAUAGAGGCGUGUUCAGAUAUUUGUGAGCAUCUUGGCCGCUCCGUUAUAUCUGAUGGUGAGUGUACAAGCUUUGCUUCGUUUGGGCAAAGAUAAUUUGAAAUAGAGGUGGAUUGUCAAAGUCUAAUAAAUUAGACAGUAAAUAUACUGCCAUCUUUAGACACAUGAUUAAAACUUUUAGAACGCCAUUUAACUUUAAUGCUUAUCCUUGCACUGAUAUGUGUUAAUUUUUUUCAAUAUGAAAAAGCGGCGCCAUCUUACCGGACAGAACCCAAAGGUUGUGGCGCCAUCGCUCGAAACGAUGCCGCCCAUACCUUUGGCCUAUGAUCUAUUAGAUGGCGCCACUUUUUGAUAUGUAACAAAUUUAACCCAUCAGUGAAAGGAUAAAGAUCAAAAUCAAAUGGUAUUCUAAAAGUUUUAAUCAUGUGUCGAAAGAUGACAGUAAAUUUUCUGUGGCUACAAAGUUUUCCUUGACAAUUUACCUCUAUUUCAAAUUCUCUUUGGUCUGGGGCUGGGUCGAUCUGUGUAACAUGGUCCAAAUUUUUUUAUUUUUUUUAUUUGAAAUAAAUAAAAAUUAGUAUUGUAUCGUGGCAACACCGCUGCUUGCUUGUAGCUGUGUAGUCUCCGAACUAUAUUUAAGUAAAUAAAUUGUUGUUGUUGAUAUUUUCCGGCUUGUGAAACACCACUUUAUUAAUAUUAUUGCUAUUGUUGAGAGUUAUUGUCAAAUUUUUAUUUGUCCUAAAAUCUUUAGUCUUUGUACAUAUCCAUUCAAUAAAUUAUGUACCGAGGAUA